AUGCUGAAUGACUCUGAUCCUUUGCUGCCCUCCUCUGGCUCUGCUUUUCAUUCAGCUCUGCGGGGAGCAGCUGUUGUAACCUCUAAUGCUGUGUCAGCGUUUCAAGGUGGGGACAGUGGUCUCUGUACUAUGGAACAAGCUGUAAGUUCACAGCCAGUAGAAUCUGAAGCUAAUACUGACAACAUGGAAAAUAGUUCUCCUGCAUCAGUUUUAGAUGAGAAGGGUGAGCACAGCAAUGAGGAGGAACAAAAAAAUAUUAAGCCUACAAGUAAAGAAUUCAGGAAAACCUGGGGUUUCCGAAGGACUACGAUUGCGAAGCGAGAAAAUGCAGUAGAUGCUGACGUGGAUUCUAAUGAACAACAGCCACAACAGCAGCAACAAAGCUUAAACCUCAGGCGUAGCGGGCGGCAACCAAAGCGAACGGAAAGAGGGGAAGAAUUUCUNACCAGGGUAAGACGCAGAGGGAGGAGGAUUGUUCCUACCAUUCUGGAAGAUUCGGGUGAAGGAGUGUCCUGUCCGGCUACAGAUGCUGAAACCGCUUCUGAAGAUAGUGUGGAGAGCACUCCAGACAUAAAACCUGUAACUCGAAGGAUUGUCACUAGGAGUAGUAAGGAUCAGAAAGGCUCCAAAAGCAGAGUCACAAAAGAGGAAGAAGAAGAGGAGGAAGAGGAGGAGGAGGAAGACGAGGAGGAAGAGGAAGAUGAUACUUCUGAUAGCGAUAGCGAUGGCUUAACACUAAAGGAACUGCAGACUCGACUGAGAAAGAAACGCGUUGAACAGAAACCUGCGCAGCUCUCGUUGAAGGACGUGCAGAACCGCCUGAAGAAGGAAAAUGCAGAACAGGAUCCUGCAGAAGCAGAUGAUGUCCAGUCUGAAAAACAGGUGGAGUCUGAGCUGCCUGUCAAACAAGAGCCUGAGACUGCCGACAACACUGAGAUUGCGAGUCAGGUGGUGGUGUCUGAGGAAGACACUGAAGAUCUCCAGGCUCAGCAGGAGGUAAAGCCUACCCUUGGUGUGAAAGGGAUCACAGAUGAAGAACCCGAACUACCCAAAAGCAAACCUGAGUCUGAGAUUUAUGACCCGAAUGCGCUGUACUGCAUUUGUCGUCAGCCCCAUAACAACAGGUUUAUGAUUUGUUGUGAUAGAUGUGAGGAAUGGUUUCAUGGUGACUGCGUGGGUAUUUCUGAGGCUCGAGGGCGAUUGUUGGAAAGGAAUGGUGAGGACUAUAUCUGUCCAAACUGCACCAUUCUACAGGGGCAGGAUGAGCCCGUUUCAGAAAUAGACCAGCAGGAAGCGAAAGUGGGGCAAGUAAAUGUGGAUGGCACAGAAUUCACAAGCAUAGGAACAAUUGAACAAAAAUCUGUUGAGGAUCAAGGAAUCAAGGGUAGGAUUGAAAAAGCUGCAAAUCCAAGUGGGAAGAAAAAACUAAAGAUAUUUCAACCUGUAAUCGAAGCUCCUGGUGCAUCCAAGUGCAUUGGGCCCGGCUGUUUCAACCUGGCUCAGCCUGACUCCGUGUACUGCAGCAAUGACUGUAUUCUCAAACAUGCUGCAGCCACGAUGAAGUUUUUAAGUGCUGGCAAGGAUGCAAAACCAAAACCUAAAGAGAAGAUCAAACCAAAAUCUGAAAAACCUGGCAUGCCAAAAUCUCAGCUGCAGGCAGGUGUUAAGCCUCUUACAAACCAAAAGAGACCUCUUCCUGAGAAGAGAGAGCUGAAUGUGAAGAAGACUGUCCCGACAGCUGCCAAGACUGAGGCAGACACUCAGCCUAUUGCUAAAGAGCCAGCGGCAGAACCCCCCACGCCGUCCUGGGCAAGCGAUCAUAAUUACAAUGCUGUAAAGCCUGAAAGGACUGCUGCCAUUUCAUCUUCACUGUUGUUCAAAUCUCAGAAGGAAGAGAAAAGGAAUGAAGAUAGAGCAGAGCCUGCAUCAGCAUCAAAGAAAGCUAUUGCAUCCCUAAUGGAGAAGCAGGUGUCUUCUGCCACUAAAAAUCUUCCUUCAAAGAAGUCUCCAUCCUUCUCUAACACGUCACUAAAUAAGCAACCGCUUAAACCUGCUGGAAGUUUCAAAGGUGUAAUUCCCAAGAAACCUUGGCCUUCCUCAGGCAGCGUUCCUUCAAAACAUCCAUCUCUCUCUCAGGGCUCAUCAGUGUCCAAAAAACCAGCUCCAUCUUCCACUUUGGGUGGAGGACUCAAAAAGCCUUCACUGUCCUCCGUUUCUACUGCAUCUGGAAGUAGUCAAGCGAAAGCAUCAGCUAGCCCUAUCCAGUCCCAACCCAACUCUCAGAUUCGACAAAAUAUUCGACGAUCCCUAAAAGAAAUUUUAUGGAAGAGAGUCAAUGAUAGUGAUGAUCUGGUCAUGACAGAGAGUGAAGUAGGGAGAGUAGCACUCAACAUUGAAAAGGAGAUGUUUAAUUUGUUCCAAGUUACAGACAACAGAUACAAGAGUAAAUACCGUAGCAUCAUGUUCAAUCUCAAGGACCCCAAAAACCAGGGACUUUUUCAUCGUGUCCUUCGUGAGGAAAUCUCACUGUCAAAGCUCGUGAGAAUGAAACCAGAGGAACUUUUAUCUAAAGAACUGUCUGUAUGGAAAGAGAAACCAGCUAAAGCAAUGAUAGAGUCAAGAAGCAAAUCUCACGAAAUCAAGAAAACAGCUGUAAAACGGGUACAUGUGCCGGUUGUAAAUAUGGAAGAUUCUCCGCCCGUGUCGGAUUCUGAU